AUGACAGUGAAUCAUAUGUUUACCCAAAAAGUGGCAAAAGUAGACAGAGGGAUGUUGGCUUCUUACAAGAUAGCAAAUUUGAUUGCAAAAGCAGGUAAGCCUCAUACUAUCGGUGAAUCUCUGAUCAUGCCGGCAGUGGCUGUAGUGCUUUCAACAGUCAUGAAUCAGAGUCCACAAGAGGUAACUAGUGUUAUUCCUUUGAGCAACUCCUCAGUAUCACGCCGUAUUGAUGAGAUGGCAUCUGAUGUUGAAAACCAAUUAAUCUCAAAACUGCAGGUGAAUGAUUUCUCGCUUCAACUCGACGAAUCAACUUUACCUGAUAAUUCUGCUCUUUUGAUGGCAUUUGUGAGGUUUCUUGAUGUAGAUGAAAUAUGUCAAGAAAUGCUUUUCGCAUUGAAAUUAACGACUGACACUUUAGGAGAAUCCAUCUUCAAAAAACUUGAGGUCUAUUUUGAGGAGAACAACAUUCCACUCAAGAACAUUGUGGCUUGUGCAACAGAUGGCGCUGCUGCUAUGAAUAGGAAGACGAGAGUUGCACAGUUUCCUUCCUUAGCAGUUAUAUCCACCGAUCUGCUUGAUGAUGACCUAGCAGUGUAUGUUGACCAUCUGAAGCAGUUGCAUAAUGAUAUGGACACUCGCUUCUCUGACCUACUCCAAAUGACUGUGCCACACUGGUUUGUGGAUCCCUUCAUUGCUGAUGUAUCUGAAGUUGAUGUCACCCUACAAGAAAGUCUCAUUGAACUUCAGAAUACACAACAGCUCAAGCAAGGUUCAAGCGUGGAGGACACCAGAAGCUGUGGAUGA